AUGGAACUUGUUAGCAUUGUUGAUGAACAGAACAACAAGUACAGGUUUAAACGGUACAAGGGUUAUCCUUUCAACGUAGAAGCAAUUGGAAAUGUAAGAGACCAACUUGAGAAAAUAGCACACUUUGACGUCAAGCCGGACGAUGUUAUUGUUAGUGUGUUCCCCAAGUCUGGUACCCACUGGCUCUACAACACAGUAAUGAUGUUACGAUCUGGAUCUCUUAAGUACUCUGGAACACCUACAUUUCUAGAGUUCCAAGAGUUCAAACUUAUAGAGGAAAAGGAAUCACCUAGAACAUUCGGCUCCCACAUGCGGUUCCGGUUUCUUCCAGAGCAGAUGAAGCUCGGUAGAGGAAAAGUGGUCACCGUUACCAGAAAUCCUAAAGACACUGUAGUAUCGAUGUACAAAAUGCUUCAAGCAAUGGGCGAUAUUGGGUACCAGGGAUCAUUUGAAGGUUUUUUGAAAAUUUUCGUCACCGAAGAAUGUUUUAUGGGGAAUGGCUCGUGGUUUUCCUGGAUAAAGGACAUGGAGGAAUGGAAAUCUCCGAAUUGCUUGAGUCUUUCGUACAAAGAUUUCAAACAGAAUACAUUUGAAAACGUCGUGAAAUUGGCAAAGUUUCUAGAAGUUGAUCAUGAUGAGGAUUUCUUACGAUCAGUCUCAGACAGUAUACAAUUUAACAAGUUGAAAGAGAGUCACAACCUUACGACCCCGCCCAGUGACCGAUGGAAAGACAUUUCUGAGGAUGGACGACUGCCUAUAUAUAGGAAAGGCGAAGUUGGAGAAUGGAAAAAAGUAAUCACGGUUGCUCAAAGCGAACAGUUUGAUAAAUUAUUUAAGGAAAAGGUAGAAGAGUUCGGCCUCAAAAUAAAAACGAGCUUCGAGUAA